AGGGCCCCGUCGCCGUUUCCGCGAGUCUCCGGGUCAUAAUCUGAAAAAAUGCUCUAAACACUACAAAAAGAAAAAGAAAAAACAAACAGAAAAAGAAAAACUAUGGCUGCGACUCUCCUGACACCAAACACGGCUUUACAACUUCCCCAUUCCAAACCCCAAAGUCCGACAACGAACUUUUGCAGCCUCAAACCACCCAAACACAUAAUAAAACCUGUAAACACUCAACACAACUACCACUCCUCUCUCUGCCUCUGCCAAACUGUUGACGCACUCACGGAUGAGCACUCCAAAGGUCUCCACGUGGCAUCCCGCAUCUACGAAGACCUCCUCCAGUGUUCCAUCGACCAGCGAGCUCUUCCUCUUGGCCUUCAACUUCACGCUCAAGUGAUUAAAAACGGUUAUUAUUACACUGAUGGGAAGAAAGAGUACAUUGAGACGAAGCUGGUGAUUCUCUACACAAAAUGCGGUUCCGUCGAGGCAGCCAACGGUGUCUUUCAUAGGAUGCAGAAACAGAACAUCUUUUCUUGGGCUGCAAUCAUUGGGAUGCACUCUCGAAAUGGUAGUUGCGAGGAGGCUCUGCACUGUUAUGUUCAGAUGCUAGAAAGUGGGUUCCUCCCAGAUAACUUUGUUGUCCCGAAUGCAUUGAAGGCUUGCAGUGUUCUUGGCUGGGUCAGGUUUGGGAGGGGUGUUCAUGGGCUUGCUACAAAGAUGAUGGGUUUUGAUGGGUGUGCCUUUGUUGCGAGUAGCCUAGUUGACAUGUAUGGGAAAUGCAGGGUUUUAGAGGAUGCACAAAAGGUGUUUGAUUCUAUGCUUGAGAAGAAUGUUAUUGCUUGGAACUCAAUGGUUGCGGUUUAUAUGCAGAAUGGGAUGAACCGCGAAGCAAUUGGACUAUUUCAGAAGAUGAUGUUGGACGGUGUUGAACCAACCCUGGUUUCUUUGGUGGGUUUCCUUUCGGCCUGUGCCAAUUUGGAGGCCGUCGAGGAAGGAAGACAAGGACAUGCACUUGCUAUUUUAGGAGGAUUUGAGUUAGAGAGCAUUUUGGGUAGCACUGUGGUGAACUUCUAUUUUAAGGUGGGUUUGGUUGAGGAGGCUGAGCUUGUGUUUAGACGAAUGGUUGUAAAAGAUGUGGUCACAUGGAAUUUGAUUAUAUCUAGUUAUGUAAGAUGUGGGGAGGUUGAGAAGGCAAUUGAGAUGUGCCAUAUGAUGACAGAAGAAAAUUUGAGGUUUGAUUGUAAGACGCUCUCAUCUUUAUUGCACAUUGCUGCGGAUACAAGAGAUGUAGGACUUGGUAUGGAGGCACACGGGCAUUGCAUUAAGUGUAGCUUCGAUUUUGAUGUGGUUAUUACAAGCGGCAUCAUGGACAUGUAUGCAAAAUGUGGGAGAAUUGAUUAUGCAAGACGAGUUUUCGGUGUUGCCAGAGAAAAGGAUAUUGUGGUGUGGAAUACAAUAUUGGCAGCGUAUGCAGAGUUAGGUCUGAGUGAUGAGGCUUCUAACUUGUUCUUUCAAAUGCAGCAGGAGAACACCCUACCAAAUGUGGUUUCAUGGAAUUCUGUGAUCUUCAGUUUCUUCCAAAGUGGUGAAGUUGUUGAGGCACAAAAUAUGUUAUCAGAAAUGUACUACUCAGGUGUUAAGCCUAACAUGAUCACCUGGACAACUGUUAUAUCUGGUUUCGCUAAGAAUGGUUGGGUUCUCUCUCUUCAUAUCACAACCUCUAUAAUAGACAUGUAUGCAAAAUGUGGAAAUUUGGAAUAUGCAGUAUGUGUUUUCACUCUGUGUUCCAGAAAACAAAUUGCUGUCUACAAUGCAAUGAUAUCUGCCUAUGCAUCACAUGGUCAAGCUAUGGAAGCACUUACUCUUUUUAAACAAUUGGAGAAAGAAUGUAUGGUACCAGAUCACAUAACUAUUACAAGUGUCUUAUCAGCAUGCAGCCAUGCAGGAUUGGUGAAUGAAGCUUUAGGUGUUUUCAAAUAUAUGGUCUCUGGACUUCAUAUGCAGCCAAAUGAGGAACAUUUUGGCUGCUUAAUUAAACUGCUUGCUGAUGAUGGCCAAUGGGAUGAAGCUUUUAGGGUUAUUUUAACAAUGGCAACCUAUCCAGAUGCACAUAUGUUAGGAUCUUUGCUUACAGCUUGUGGACAACACCAGGAGACCGAACUUGCAGCUCGUAUAGCAAAGUGGUUACUGAAUUUGGAGCCGGAAAAUGCAGGUAAUUAUGUGGCUCUUUCAAAUGUCUAUGCAGCUGAAGCAAGAUGGGAUAAAGUAUCGAUUGUAAGGCGCCUAAUGAAAGAGAAGGGCCUAAGAAAAAUUCCUGGAUGUAGCUGGAUUGAAGUUGGACAAGAACUUCAUGUGUUUACUGCUGGUGAUAGAUCGCACCCUGAAAAUGAUGAAAUUUAUAUCCUAUUGAAUUUGCUGGGAUUGGAAAUUCAGUCUACAAAGUAUGACCCGUAUAAUACUGAGGCAAUAUCCUCCACUUGACCACAUUGGAUAUUUAAAGUGACUAUCGUAUUACAAAAUUCAUUUGGAAGAAAGAAACUUGUGUUAAAUGUUAUCGGAUGGUACCAGAGAACCUAGAACAAAGAGGUAGCCUCGUGAUAGUCAUCUGCUUUUGCUGUCACUGUUGCUGCCUGCGUCUUUCCGAUUCACCGCUUCUCCUCUCGCCACUUCCUGCAUUGUCUUGUCUCCUCUUGCUGUCGCUCUGCUGUUCUGCUUCUUCUCAGGUAUUGUCUUGUUUCCCAAAUCAAUGUCCUGUUUUACGGUUGGUUUGAAUAUAUUUUGGUUUGUGUACUGGAACUUUUGCUCGUUGCCCCAUUUGUGUCUUACUUUUUAGUGAUCUUGCUGUUAUGGUUGCUCUUUGUUUAUGGCUUGGAGUAUAUACUUUGUCGAACCUUGCUUGAGUGGCGAUAAUUUAGGAUAUUGUUGCUUUGGAGUUUCGGUAUAUUAUUGUAAUAGGUAUUGAGUGAAUUGACUAUAUUAGAAAAAUAUUGUUUUGCAUCUUGCAUGGAAGUUGCUUCACGGUUGGGAAGGAAGUCAUUGACCUUUCAAAAUAAUGGCAAUGAAUCAACUGUUAGCUAUAAUCUACCUCGGGAUUUUCUUUGACAUGGUUUAUGGGGGUUAAUAAUACUUUUACUGCCCAAAAGGCUUCAAUUGUGAAAGUUAACUUUGUCGUUUGUUUAUUUAUUUGUGUUCCAUAGAGGCCUAGUUUGUGGUGCAUUGGCAUUUUUAAUGUAUCAACUUUUUGAAUGCCCAUAUUCUUCUUUCUUUCUUUCUUUCUUUCUUUCUUUUUCAUGAUCAUAAUAUUAAUAUUUUCAUCAAAUCCACAUAUAAGCAUUUCACUUGAACCAUGCAUAUUCAUUAAUUAGACAUUUUGUUAGCAAUUCGUCAACCUGCAUAGGUGCCAUCAUUUUCUUAGGCCGUAAACUUGUAGAACAAAAUAUCAUUUUAGAUAAAGUCAAAAAGCAUAUGGGAGCACUUCUAACAUGAUUAAGAUAAAGAUAUGGUAAUCAAACUUUUGCUUUAUGUUGAAAUGAUUACAAUCACCAAUGUACAAUUCGAUGUAGCUGAUGUAU